ACUGGUGCAGCGCCGAUCCCCCCACAUGCACGUGCAUGAUUUGUGAGUGGCAGGUUCUUAAAAAAAAGGCUCAGCACCGAAGUGUGUACAAGUGUGCAUGAGAAUGUUUUUCUGAAGCAUCUUUUUGUGCGGAGGAGCAUGUGUGCGGGCCGAGAGACAGUGUGAGGAUGCAUGGUUGGCAGGUGUUGUCGUGAUCGGUGGAGUUUUUGGUGUACUAUCGUUGUGUUGUCUGCCUUCCCCCUUCUCCUCCGAUUUGGUUAUCCUGUGAGGACAAAAAGCAUCCUGCUGGGAUGUCCACCUCGCCUGGUGCAAAUGAUGGGAGCCAAAGGAACUCUUUGGAGCUGGAUGCAGAGCACGCACAGAGAGUCCCCGGGGCGGAGCAAGGAGGGGGCCUGCCACCCCAGGUGAAGCUGAAAGAGAGGCAGAAGUUCUUUGAGGAGGCCUUUCAGCAGGACAUGGAGCAGUACCUGUCUACCGGCUACCUGCAGAUUGCUGAGAGGCGAGAACCAAUAGGCAGCAUGUCAUCCAUGGAGGUGAAUGUGGACAUGCUGGAGCAGAUGGAUUUGAUGGACAUGUCUGACCACGAGGCUCUGGAUGUGUUUCUGCACUCUGGAGGAGAGGACAACAGCGCUGCCUCACCUGUUGCAGGUCCAGACGUCGAGUCCUUCACCACAGAGAUCAGCCUCCAAGUUCCCACCCAGGCCGAGCUACGACACAAGCUCUCUUCAUUAUCAUCCACCUGCACUGACUCCGCCAGCCAGGACACAGAGGCCGGGGAGGAGGACGAGGAGGAAGAGGAGGAGGAGGGUGAGCAAGGAGGAGGAGGGGGCGUUGGGGGAUCAGGAGCAGCAGGAGGAGGAGGAGGAAGGAGGAGAAGACCCCCUGUGGUAGUGACCCUGGAUGAAGAAGAGGUACACCCUGACACGGUGCUGGUGGACAGGGCGGAGCGCGAAAAUCAGACCAGCAAAGACUGUGAGGAAAGCAGGCCAGAGGUUUGAGGAGAGGCGGAGUGAGACACAAACACCCAACAGCUGCCAAAUCAAACUCAGACAUAACGAUAUUGGCUUUGUUCUUAAUAUUCCUCUCAUAUGUCAGAGAAACAUAUGAUAGAAAGUGCAACCUCAGUGCACUAACUGCCACAUGACCUUACCUUGAGAGACGCGAGUUUUCAAUUCUAAUUGAUCUUAUAAAACAGGUUUUUAUUCCUUUUUAGCAUAACGUCAUCGAACGGCUUAGCGUUUCUCCUGUUUCUGUUUCUCCUGCUGUAUGUCGAGGCCUGUUGCUGAUUAACGACUGAGUAAUGAGGACAUAGAAACACACUAAAAAUCACCCACACGACCCUUCUGCUAUGCUCCAUCCUUUACUUAUAGACUGCAGCGGUCAUGUGUUUCCCAUUAUUGCUUGUGUUGGAGAUUAAGCGUAGAGCCUAAAGUACCCCAUUUGGCCAAAAUAAAGAAGCUAGCUUUUAAAAUCUAACUGCAGGUCAGGAAUGUGAAGUCAGUUUUUAAUCUGUAAAAGAAAUGUUGCCAUGCAAAUUCACCGGCCAAAGAUUUUAUACUUUAUAAAAUCCACGUGUGUGAAACCAGGUUUGGUUCUGUUUGCACAGGUUUUCUAAAAUAUGUGCUCUAUGAAACUGUUCUAGGGGUUAAAGCUAUGAAAUGAGACUUUCAAUUGUGCAAUUUCUCUUCCAAAAUUCAUUUUAGUGCAACAAAUGCAAAGAUACACUACUCACAGAAAUGAAGGGAACACUCGAUCAUCACUUGGUAUGACAUAAAGUCGUUUAAACUUCGGGAUAUUAGUCUUUCCUUUCAUUUGAAGCUUUGCUGCAAGUGAAAGUGAACUGAAGAGGCAACGAGUGGUUUUGCCACAAAGCAUCAAUCUCUCGUUAUUUCCU